GUUUUGUGAAAAUAUUGAAUUUGCAAGUACUUUCAUUACUUAACAUUCUGUUAAAUAAUAAUAAUAAUAAAAAAAUCUGUGUUAAUAGGCUUGUUUACUAUGGCCUACUUACUAUGGAAGUGACCAUGGGAGAAUGUUCAAAGUGAAAAUGGAAUUUGAUGUUAUUCCUAUGAGAAUAACGGAUUUGAGUCUUAACAUGGAUACAGACAGCCACUUUCUCUCGCACCAGAGGCCACUGAGCCCGUUGAAGGAAGACGAGAGUCCCGCGACAACCACACGGACGGACAGACAGAAGAACAUACACAUGGACAGCAUCGUGUUGACCCCCCGGAUGGGAAUCAUGAACCCGCUGCAGGAGAUAAUGAACAUGAGAGUGAAUCCGGUGACCAUAUCCUUGUCCAAUGACUCUGGCUAUGUCAAGUCGGAAUUCUCGCAUGCCGAUUCGCACGCUGAUUCGAUGAUCAGUGUGGAAAAACGCUUGUUACAGAUACAGAACAAGGAUAUUCAACUUCCUAAACUGAAUCUGAAUGAGGACGGGAAUAUUUCUAUGAGAGACAAGAGCAAGAAGUGUAGUCAAAGGCUUCGACAUUUAAAACGGCGAAGUUUAGAACCUGAAGAUCCCGACUUUAAUGUGAAUCCCGACCCUGUUCCAUUUUUACCUCAGAAUUUCAUGUCUUCCACAAUUCUUAAAAAAAUCUCUGUACCCAAAAGACACAUGGAUACAUUUGGUGGCAUAGAGUAUAACCUGACCAACACCAAGGGUGUUAUACUCCAUACAGACAGAUACCAGUGGGACACUGUAAGGCCAUUUGAUGGCAUGAGUCAGCGAGACCGCUUACUGGCCGAACUAAAUUACAUGGAAAAAUUACGAGGCUCGAGAAGAAGACAUGAAGUGGUCCCCCACCGAGCUCAGCUCAACCUGGUUAUGGGCGGCAAGAAAAUUGAAAUGGAAGAAAGGUUUGAUAUUCAGCGUGAGGUGAACAAGCUGAAGGCUCUAGUCUUACCGCGACAUGCCAGAGACUUGUAUCUGGGGCGAGGAAUCCAUCUACCUCUAAACCAUGCUUCUAUCAAGCCAAGAGGUUCAUUGUCAGUCUUAGACAGUGACAGUGAUGACUAUGAAACAAUGUCUGCUCCUCACAUGUACCGCUCUCAGCUUUUGGAUUUGCAUUCAAUGAAACGACAAUCUUCACAACACCCUUACUCUACUGGAUCCUCCCUGAACCCCAGGAGGGUUGUACCAGGCAUUAAUGAGAGAUACGACACAGGUGCUAUAGGAAUUGGACCACCUAUCCUAUUAUCAAAUGAAAGACGAACUGUGACAAUAUUGCAGGCCAGACUGAAUCUCCCCCGUAGACUGAAACAUGACAUGACAAAAGCGAGUAAGGUGCACAGUGUGGACGGCAGCAGGGACCCGUCAGUCUGGGUGGCGGACCAGAACCAAAUCAUGAACGAACAGAAUUUGACGCGAGUGGACUCCAAAGACCGUGUUGAAAUACACAUGCCGGAUAACAAACAGAAACAACCAACAAAUGGUGGUCCAGAGAGAAAACUGAAGACUGACACUGAGAAGACCAAGGCCAGUCUAGAAAAACAUACCCCCGUCGCUCCACCUACAACCGCGGUGGAACCCACACGAACAUCGACCUCACCGUUAUACAGUCGACAGGGCAGUAGUCCAGUCAAACCUGUCAAUCUGCAUCCUUUGAAGGGAAGUGAACUAGUAACUUCUGUUCCUGAAAAUGAGAAAGAUGAGCUGAGACAAACAUUUGAGCGGCUAGACACAGACAUGGAUGGACACCUGAAAUUCAGCCAGUUGAAGUCCCAGUUGCCGGACGCUCUGUCCCAGAACCAAGAGCGCUUCCUGAAGGAGGUGUACGAGAUCACGAGUACGUCGAGCACCAUGUUCGGGGUGGACGAGUUCCUCACCAUGUCGCAGCUCACCAAGAUGGUGGAGAAUCUCAGAGGUGAAGCACAAGAUGCAUAUCAGAACUUGGAAUUUGAUACUCUGGAAAAAGAAAUUCAAAAGUUUGUGGAACUGUUUCAGUCGGUGGACAGGACUAAUCGAGGUAAAAUCUCCAUCGACUCGUUACAUGAAGUGUUAUCUACAGUGUUGGAGAAGGACUUCAAAGAUGAUGAGUGGCAGAAGAUUCUCAACACAAUAUCACUGGAGAACAACUCUCAAGUCAGCAAAAUUGAAUUUCUGGCCCAUCUGCCAUAUUUUCUUGCUUCAAAGGAAAAGGUGUGAAUGGUCUAUUCUGUAAAAUAAGAACAAGUACUCAAUCUGUGGUAGAAUUCACACUGAAUGUCUUUCAAAAGAAAAUUACACCAAAACUCAAUGCUUUGUCUGAAAUUGGAUUUAGUGCUAUGUUAAUACAUUAUGACAUGGGAAGAAUGGUACAGCAGAUUCUGCAGCUCAGUCUGUUUAGAUUUGGAGCUGCAGCAUUCAUUUAAAACAAAGACUUCCACCACUUUGCACUUUUGUCUCCAGUUCUCCAUAUUCUAAUUGAAUUGUUUUUGUGCCCUUGGACAGAAUAGACUCUUGUUUAAUAUCUGCUGGAGUGGUUUUAGUAAAUAUAAAUUAUAUUUGUGUGAUUAUAAAUGCAUCAUCUCGGACAAAUUCAGAAAGAAAUGUCUCCAAGAAUAAAGAUGUCCAUCAAAAUGCACAAGUCUGGUGUCUAUUAGUGACUGUAAGAACAGUUGGGAUGAGAAUGAUCAAACAUUAUAAAGAUUUUAUGUUGACACUUGUUUCAUUGUUCCAGAGUCUAUGCCAAGUCCCAUCUUGGGUUCAGACUUGUGUAGAAUAAUGUUUCUCAUUCAGAUUUACCAAGUAUCCCACCCACCUUUGUAUUUAAUGGCUUGAUCAUAUUAUUCAUACAUGAAUUUCAGGGUGUUUUUUUAUUUACUAAAGUCUGUCUUUCGUUUUGUCUGUUAGUAUAGUCUAUGAAAAUAAUACACAAAAGAAGUCAAAACCAAGGUAAAUAUCCAUGACUCUUAAUACAUGUACUUAAAGGAUAUUAGGGGUUUUAUACGCCAAUCUAUGAUGCAUCGUAUUAUGGUAUGGUGUUGUCCGUCUGUUAACUUUUUCUUGCAUACAGGACCAUCAAACCUCACAUGUAGGAACAACUUGGGAUGGCGGUGUGUCAUGUACUAUUACUACGUCACUGUGAUCUACUCUUCACGGUCUAAAGUAAAGUUUGUUUUAUUUAACGACGCCACUAGAGCACAUUGAUUAUUUUAUCUUAUCAUCAGCUAUUGGACUUCAAACAUAUGGUCAUUCUGAUACUGCCACAUAGGCUACUCUUUUAUG